UCAUGACGUUACCAAAACGGAAAAUGCCUACAUAAAAUCCAAUUUAUGAGUCCGCCAGACAAUCCAAUCAUGCUCUACGGUGUUCCCUACCAGAAGUAGCCACCACCAUGUCAAAAUGCAAUAAAGUGAAAAACCCUUGCAAAAUUUGCCUAGGCGCAGUCACACAGAAAACUGGGUUGCAGUGUCACGGUGCUUGCGACAGCUGGGUCCACUACGGCUGCUUGAACUACACUCCUGGACGGAUAAAGGACAUCAAGGCUGGCAUCAUCAAGGUCACCUGCCCAUGCCCCGACUGCAAGACUUCUAUGCCCAAGGAAUACCGUACGGACGAGCCCUUCAGUUGCACUAACAUUGAAUGCCCAGCGAAUAAGCCACCUCAGUGCGGAAACCCUAUCUGCCCGACGAACAAAGGUGAAAAGAUGAAUCAGACUUCAGGAUACAAGGUCCCUAAUCCUUGUCCAUUAGGGAAAUGCGGGACAAAGGAUUGUAAACAGCAUAGCACCCCAAAUGUCCAUAACAAACCAACGCCGCAAACGCCGUGUGCCCCUCAAAAGCAGGGUUGCCCUAUGCCUGCUACGUCAUCAUCUGACGCGUGUAUCGACUUCAACAGAUGCCCGUCAGGGUGUUCCUCUGCUAAUGUAUCUGGAGAUAUGCGGCAAAACAACAACAGUAACAUGGAGGCCAUGCCAUCUAUGUACACCAUGGAACAGAUGUGUAACACCGUUGGACUUCUCUCUAAGCAAAUCAAUGAGCUGAUGUCGAAGAUGCAGCAGGCAUCUCGAGCAGCAAGUGGGAAGGGCGGAUGCUGCCCCCCGCCCAACUCUAAGGGCGGUUGCACCCAAACAGGCCCUAAGGCGUUAUGCCCCAAACCUUGCUUCUGCCCUGAUAACCCUGGAUACAGAAAAUAGUACAGUUAAGAGCAA